UGCGCUCGUUAUUUUGGACGGCAACAUCGAUGACCUCACUCCAUUUUCAGGGAAAUUCGCUCAACCACCCACCUACACUCACUCAUCAUACAACCAUCUUUGUAGUCGAAUGGGUGCCAACAAGGGUGCUGGGGCUGGCAAAGCAGCUGCGAAGGCUGCCAAGAAGGCUAAACAGGCAGACAAGGCAGCCAAAAAGGAAGCUCAGGCUCUCAAGUCGUCGGCCAGCAAGGGCAAAGGCAAGGCGAAAGAUACGCUUCAAGAUGAAGAAGAGGAUCUAGACUUGAUUCUUCAGAGGUAUCAGGAGGAGAUGAAGGCUAUCGCUGCGCCGACGGUCCUCACACUAGAAGCGCCGCCUCCCCCUCGGACGAAUGCCUUAUUUUUGCCAUCACCUUCGACGCUUGCAGCGGAACCCUCAUCGAAUCACCUUUACCUGUUGUUCGGGGAGUUCUUCGAUGGCAGUCGAGCUACUUUCUACAACUCUGUGCUGCGAUAUGAUAUCGCCAAGAAUGAAUGGAGAGAAUACAAAAAUGCAGAGGGACCAGCUCCGAGGAGUAGCGCAGCUGGAGUCGGCGUCCCUGGGCUAGGAGAAGGGGGCAGCAUAGUCGUUUUCGGGGGAGAGUAUGCGUCGCCCACACAAACUUCAUUCCAUCAUUAUAAGGACUUGUGGAUUUUCAAUAUCAAGUCGCACUUCUGGGAGAAGAUUGAGUCUCGGAAAGGACCAUCUGGACGCAGUGGACACCGAAUGGCAGUGUGGAAGCAUCUUGUCAUCCUUUUCGGAGGAUUCAUAGACACUGGCAUCAAGACAAACUACUUGUCGGACCUAUGGAUAUUCGAUACGAAUGAGUUGAGCUGGAAACAGAUCGAGUUCAUUGACAAAAGUCAAGCGCCUGGACCUCGUAGUGGCUUUUCCUUGAUUCCUUGCUCCGAGGGUGCUGUCCUCUACGGUGGAUAUGUCAAGGAAUACGUCAAGGGGACAAAACCCAAGGGUGUGCCUUUAGACGAUACUUGGAUACUCCAAAUGGAUACAGACUUGUCCAAGAUCAAAUGGCAAAGACGGAAGCGCUCUGGCUAUCCUCCAACUCUUCGUUCAGGCUGUAGCAUGUGUCAUUGGUCUGCAAAAGGCAUGGGCGUGUUGUUCGGCGGUGUUCUGGAUGAAGAGAAUGACGAUGACGAGAUGAUCAGCACGUUCUACAACGACAUGUACGCUUAUAAUCCGGAAGGGAGAGGGAAGUGGAUCAGCUUGAAUCUAAAGCGGCCCAAAAAGGCUGGUGGAAGGAGGCGAAAGAAGGUAGCAAAGGCAGCGAAUGACAAAGACGAAGAAGAGGACGAGGGAGGAGAAGACUUGAGUGACGAUGUCGAUAUGGCAGAGGCCACGCACGAAAUUGUCGAAGAGGAAGAGGACGAUGACGACCCAAUCAAGACCACACCGUUGACCCGAUACAAUGCCAUGUUGGCGGUGGUUAAAAACACGCUAUUCAUCUACGGUGGAAUCUUUGAGACCAGCGUGCCCUCACGGGAAUAUACUCUGGACGAUUUUGUGACGCUAAACUUGGAAAAGCUGGACCGAUUCGUCCACAUUCGGGGCACAGGACUGGAGGAACUGGAAGCUGAAUGGCGCGGCAGUGACGAAGAGGACGACGCAGGAUCUGAGUCUGACUCGGAUGGAGGUGAUUCAGACGAGAGCGAAGAUGAUGGGGAGGAGGACGUGGUCAUGGAGGAGGAAGACGAGGAGACCGAAGAAGCAAAAGAGAAAAGGCACAACGCUUUGAGUCAAGCUGAGAAGGAUGCGCUUCGUAGACGUGCCCAGUCCUUCCUGGGGGUGUCAAAGGACACAACGAGAGAUCAAGACGAGAUCUUAUCCACUCCUCUGCCGGGAGAAAAUUUGCGAGCAUUCUAUGAUCGAUCAAGACAAUACUGGGCAGCCCAUGCGUAUGAGCGAAGCGGCACGAGAGGCAAGGCUUUGAGGCGCGAAGGCUUUGAGCUGGCUCGGAACAAGUACGAAGAGUACAAACCCCUCCUGGAGGAGAUCGAGCGGAUCCAACGAGAAGCAGAGUUGGACAAGUCUGAGGCUGCAGCUUCGAAACGAUCAGGCAAUGUUGGAGAAAGAAACAGACGUUGACGUGGUCUGAUUCUCGACGACUGAAGCAUUCGGUGACGAGAAAUAUACUAGUAUAUGUCACUCUCGUGAGAUGAGGAUGAGAGAAGACACUGUUCAAUACUCCGAGUG